GGCAAGUACCCACAUCUUUCCGACUUUUCACCAUAAUUUCUCUUUCCUAAGGUAGCCAGCCAAUUUUUCUCUCUCCUCACGAAACCUGAAACCCCUUUACACUGUCAGCUUCAAUAAUCAAAACCCUUCAACAACUUUUUAAUUCAUGAAGCAAAAUCUCUUUGAUCACUAAAACUGUUGUAAUUUUUCCUGCAAUUUUUGUUGGGUCACUUGGAAUUUUUUGAUUUGUUUUUGGAAGAAAUUUGUUGGUGGGGUUAUUGGGAAAAUAGAUGUUGAUUAAUAAAGAUAAUAGAAGGUGAAGCUGUAGCUAGAAUUUUUAUGGAUAGCUUAUGCUGCUUCAGUUCAGUUUCUCAGAUUGUAGGAGGACGUUCUUAUAAUGGCUCUGGCAAGGGUAGAAGUCAUCAAGGUCCUGCAAAGUAUGGAUUCAGUUUGGUGAAAGGAAAGGCAAAUCAUCCCAUGGAGGAUUAUCAUGUUGCUAAAUUUGUGCAGGUCCGUGGACACGAACUUGGCCUCUUUGCCAUUUAUGAUGGCCAUUUAGGUGAUAGUGUGCCUGCUUACCUGCAGAAGCAUUUAUUUCCCAAUAUUCUCAAAGAGGACGAAUUUUGGACCGACCCAAACAGGUCAAUUUCAAAAGCCUAUGAAAGUACUGAUCAAGCCAUUCUUAAUCACAAUCCUGACCUGGGACGAGGUGGGUCAACUGCUGUCACGGCUAUUCUUGUGGAUGGAUCAAAGUUGUGGGUAGCAAAUGUAGGAGAUUCACGAGCUGUCCUUUCUAGUAAAGGUCAAGCAAUACAGAUGUCUACUGACCAUGAACCUAAUACAGAACGGGGCAGCAUUGAGGACAGAGGUGGUUUUGUGUCGAAUAUGCCAGGAGAUGUUGCUAGGGUCAAUGGGCAACUUGCUGUUUCUCGUGCCUUCGGAGAUAAGAACCUCAAGUCACACUUGCGGUCUGACCCUGAUGUAAAGACUGCUGAUAUUGGCCCUGACACUGAUCUUAUGAUCCUAGCUAGUGAUGGUCUGUGGAAGGUAAUGUCUAAUCAAGAGGCAGUUGAUAUUGCAAGAAAGAUCAAGGAUCCGCUAAAGUGUGCCAAGCAAUUAGCAACAGAAGCUCUGAAUCGAGACAGCAAAGAUGACAUUUCUUGUAUUGUAGUCCGUUUCUGAGGAUAAAUCACUUGUGGAUGGAAAUAUUUGUACAUUCCUGGGGGGCUUUGUAUAAAAAGCAUGGUGAUCAAGUUCUACUGAUCAAUCGGCUUCAGGUUAAAAGGUUCAUGGAAAUACUUACGUAGUACUUUUGAGGUAAUCCCUAGCUUUUGCCUUGUAAAAAUAGGGCGGGAAAGAUUUCUUGAUGUAAGAUGGUUGUGUGGUGUUUGAUAGUUGCAAAUAUUUCUUUUAUAUAUGUAGAAUUAUAGUCAUUCUAUCUGUCAAUUGUUGUAGCACUCCCAGAUCAUCUUGAGUCUGAAAUUUGUAAUAAUUCUGAACGUGUGAUGCACAUUGUUUUCUUUUGAUUAGAGAUAAAACUCCCUUCUUCA